CUAUACAAAGCAUCCGUCAAGGAGCUUGCAGAAACAGGCACCAUCAAAGUCGGUUCUUCUAUAGCCGAUAUUAAGGACACGAUAGUUCAGCGGAUCAAGAAAUACCUUCAACGUGCCAACCACCCCCGGUACACCGGAAGUGGAAGCCAAAGCAGCACUUCACUUGGCGUCAGGAUGCAGUAUUCUAGACAGAGUAUUGCGACAAUUCAACGCGUCGACAGUGAUACGUCCAAACCUGUGAACAAGCAGAGCUAUGUGGACGCUCAUCAGAUCGCUAUAUUCUAG